UCCCGGCGUAAACAACAACACAACGAGUUAACCAUACAUUUAGCUGGCCGCCUUUUCGUCGAAAUUUUUUUCGGAGCCAAAACUCAGUUUUAUCAGUUAUUCGCGAGCACGUAUUUUUUUUGGUACUGUAAACAAACCGUUCGGUGAAUUUUACGGGCCUGUCGUUCCCGGCAACGUAUUGCGUUAUCGAUUGAUAUUAAUCGCGAGCCCUAUAUCACGCGCUCAUACACAUUCGAACAACAACAACAACAACAGAUUACCUAAGAAAUGGCAGCGAUUCCCGAGAUGCAAGUGGUAUCCAGCAGUAAUAUUAACACCAGUCCGACUCUCCAGACAUCGUCCAAACCAAAGACCCCAUUGAAGGACGAGUCAUUCAGAAAGUUGCGCGAGACAUUUGUUAUUCAAGGCAAAAUCGGUGCUGGCACGUUCAGCAAGGUGUAUCUGGCCUAUGCUAGAGGUGAUGUCAAGAAAAAACAAUAUGCCGUCAAGCACAUUAAGCAGACAACGCAUCCUGAGAAGUUACGCUAUGAAAUAUUUUGUUUACUGAAGAUUGGUGGACAAGAUAAUGUUAUGGGAUUAGUAACAUCAUUCCGAAUUGGAAGUUCUGUUUGCCUCAUUAUGCCUUAUAUCAAACAUGAUCACCCAUUGACCUAUCUUUGUUCAAUGGAUGUUAAUGAGUUACGUUUGUACAUAAAAAAUUUACUAAUAGCAUUAAAAAGGAUACAUUCGUUUGAUAUAGUCCAUAGAGAUGUCAAACCUAGCAAUUUUUUGUACAAUCGUUUAAGCUCAACGUUUAUGCUCACUGAUUUUGGACUUGCUCAUCCUAGUAUAAAUCCAACUAGACAUAAGCAAAUUAAUGUUCUGCCAAACAAGUCUGACACAUCUUGUAAACAAAAAAGUACUAGUUGUGAUCUUAAUGUUAAUUAUAAACGAUCAAGUUCAGUAGGAACUAUAUGUUUGAAUUCAGGUCAAAAGCGUAUUCUACAAAACAUAGCUGAUGGCACAAAUUCUGCGUCUAAAGGAUGUAAUUUGAGAAAAAGAACUAAAUUAAUGAUGCCUAAAGUGCCAUUAUCAAAAGAGAAUUCACCCAUAAAAAAACAAAUUGAAGUUCCUAAGAAUAAUAGUUCUUGUAAUUCAAGUGCCAUGAAUAAUUUAUUAAAUGACAAAAAUAGUUUUGCUGUUCCUAAAGUGCCACGUUUAACAUGUGAUUGUGUAGGGAAAUUGAAAGUUUGUAAUAUUUGUAUAAAAAGACCUGAAAUGAAAGCUCCUCGUGCAGGAACGCCAGGAUUUCGGGCUCCUGAAGUGCUCUUAAAAUACAAAUAUCAAAAUACAGCACUUGAUAUUUGGUCUGUUGGAGUCAUUAUGUUGGAAGCCAUGUCUCGUUGUUAUCCAUUUUUCAGUGCAGAAAAUGAUUCUACUUGUUUAGCUGAAAUGAUAACUGUUUUUGGAGAUAGGGCUAUUAAAAAUGUAGCUAAAAUGUUAGGUCGUAAUGUCAUUUGUGAAGUUCAAAAACCCCCUCAAGACCUUCGUGCAAUUUGUCGACUUUUAUGCCAUCGAUCAAGUGUAAAAGCUUCAAAUCCAACUGCUGUUUCUUCAAGUAAUGGUUUGGAAAUUUGUCAUACUUGUAUGAAACCAAUUCAAUUAUCUGGGUGUGAAGUAUUUUCAGAAAGUUGUAGUUGUUAUUUAAAUGCUAUUGAUGAUUUUCCUUAUCCUGCAUAUGAUCUCUUGAAAAAACUGUUGUGUUUGAAUCCAGUAACUCGAAUAACUGCAGAUGUUGCGUUAAAACAUUCUUUUUUUAAAAUGGAUGAAAAAAAAAAUUAAAUAUCUAUACAGUUUAGGUUUAAAAUUUAUCCUGUUAUUUAUAAUUAAUUUUAUUGUUUUUUAAUUUAAUUUUUGAAUUUAAGUUUACUCAAAUGGUGGUCAAUUUCUUAUGGCAUUUUUGCUAAAACCACAAUUAUUAAACUACAUUUUUAUUCAAUCCCAUAUGUUUAAAACAAUAUUAAUUUGUUUAAACAAUACUGUGAAAAAAUCUAUUCCAAUUACCAGGGGUGGAUUGAUGAUAUUUUUCAUUACCUUGUUUAAUAAAAAAUUGCAAUUUUACACAAAAUAAAAGUUAAUAAUAUCAAUGAAGUGGCCUAUACAAAGAAGAUCUCAUUCAAUUUAUAUUUCAAUCUGCCUCUGCCAACUACUUACAAUUGAUAAAUUUGAAGUAGAAAUAGGUAUUGUUUUUCAUUUGUAAAUAUUUUUCAUUGUUCUAAAAUUAAUUUUAAUAAUUGAAUUUAAUCAGUUUUAUGA